UUGGUUUUAGGGCUGACAUGCAUCUUCCUACGUCAUUUUAGAGCGUCGUUUCAGAAUCAAGCGGGAAGUUAGCUGACAGGCUAGCUGGUGUUUGGGCACGAUGUCACAGAGGAAGAGGCUCUCGGCCUCCCAAAACAAAGCACCAAAUUUGCCGCGCUCACAACAAGCAGAGGUAGAGUCGGAUGACGAGGAGGAUGUGUCAUUCACCCAGCUAACUUCAACUCAAGUCCAGCGGGCACGAGAGAACUUUACUCCGGUCCAGGUUGACCGCAAAGUAGCAGAGGUCGUCCAGUUUAUUCUAAUAAAGGACCAGAAGAAGGUGCCCAUACGAAGAGCAGACAUAGCAAAGCAUGUCAUCAAGGAAUACAGGGCUAUGUAUGCAGAGAUCAUGAAGCGUGUCUGCCGUACUUUCGAGCAGGUGUUUGGACUGAAGCUGGUGGAGAUCGACCCUAAAAGCCAUGUGUACAUCCUCAUCAACAAACUGGAGUCUGUGGCUGAAGAGCCAGUCUGCCUGAUCCCCGGAAACCCCAAAUACGGCCUCCUCUUCACUAUCCUCAGUGUCAUCUUCAUGAAGGGCGGAGUUGUCAAGGAAGCACUUGUGUGGAAUUUCCUGAAGAAGCUGAGGGUGGAUGCUGGAGAGAGGCACGACAUCUUUGGAGAUGUGAAGAAGUUGGUGACCGAUGAGUUUGUACGACAGAAAUAUCUGGAGUAUGUGAGAAUCCCCCACACUGAACCAGUAGAGUGUGAGUUUCGCUGGGGUGUCCGUGCUGAGAAGGAAGUGGCCAAGAAGAAGCUUCUGGAGAUCGUGGGAGAGCUGUUUGAGCAAGACCCCCAGAGUUGGACCCAACAGUAUAGGGAGGCCAUGGCGGCAGAAAGCCAAAGCCAAAGAUAGAGCGAGCAAAUGGGAGGACUAUGUGUGCGUGGAAGCCUUAGUUUUUAAUUACAGUUUUAUACAUUUGUUUGUAUAUAUUUUGUACAGGUGUUCAUUUGUUUUAUAAUUUACUGUAUAUUGAAAUAAGCUACAUGUGGUUUGUUUUUAAAAGGAAAUAAAUAUUCAUACAAAAUUAAAAUUAAACCGUACAACUGAAACUGCUUAGAAUAGAGACCCAGAGAUGGAAAUAUUGCUUCAUAGUUUUAUUUUGUUUGUGCCAACAAAAAUAAAAAAUAUUUUUUAAAAA